GACUCAACCACCUCAACGCAUCUCAUCCUCCGUCACUACAGACCACAAGACCACUCUUAUUGAUCCUAUUUUUAUUCACAAAACAAAACGCCGAAAUGUCCGCCUACCUCAACACCAUCACCAACACCUCCUCUUUCACCCCCGAGGUCCAAAAUGCCGCGGCUGCCCUAGCCCCCUCCAAGGAGACCCUCCAGGCCGCCAUCGAUGCCGCUCUGGCCAUGGACGAGACCGCCGCCACACUGAGCGGCGAGCAGGCCGAGCUGCUCAAGAAGGGCUUCGAGUAUGCGACCCAGGUUGUCAAGAUGUUGGAGAAGGAGCCUGCGCCGGAGGAGAAGUUGGAUCUGUACAAGUAUUACAAGCGUGCGAACAAUGAGACCCCCGCUCAGCCGUCGAUGUUCAAUUUCGAGGUUUGCAUUUCUUAUCUGUUGCCUUGAAAGGAUGGGACGGAAACUGACAGCAUACAGGCUAAGUACAAGUACAACGCCUGGAAGGAGAUUAGCCACAUCAGCGAGCAGAAGGCUCUGGUCCUCUACAUCAAGCAGGUUGACACUCUUAU